GUCACUACGGCGGCUGCGAGGGCGAGCGCCGUGCGGGCUCCUCCCCUCAGCGCCCGGCAGACGGCGGCUGAGGAGGCAGCGGGAGGGGAUGGUGCGCCUGGCGGAGGCGGUGGCGGGCGCCGCUCCGGCUCCUCCAUCCCCCCCGCCGUCGCCAUGGGUGUGAGCGGGGCCCGGCGGCCCGCGCAGAUAUGAGGCAUCCAUUAAUAAGCUAAAAGUGGAAGAACCAUGGCUCAGUUUCCAACACCUUUUGGGGGCAACCUGGAUAUCUGGGCUAUUACUGUGGAGGAGAGAGCUAAACAUGAUCAACAGUUCCACAGUCUGAAACCAACAUCUGGAUUUAUCACUGGUGAUCAAGCUAGAAACUUUUUUUUUCAGUCUGGGUUACCUCAGCCGGUGUUAGCACAGAUAUGGGCUUUAGCUGACAUGAACAAUGAUGGAAGGAUGGAUCAGCUGGAGUUUUCAAUAGCUAUGAAACUUAUCAAAUUAAAACUACAAGGCUAUCAACUCCCAUCUGCGCUGCCUCCUGUCAUGAAGCAGCCACCUAUUGCUCUACCUAGUGCGCCAGGGUUUGGUAUUGGGGGCAUUGCCAGCAUGCCAUCUCUUACAACUGUUGCCCCAGUGCCAAUGGCAUCUAUUCCAGUAGUAGGAAUGUCUCCGCCAUUAGUAUCUUCUGUUCCUGCAGCAGCAGUGCCUCCCCUGGCUAAUGGAGCUCCUGCUGUUAUACAGCCUCUGCCUGCUUUUGCUCAUCCUGCCACAUUGCCAAAGAGUUCUUCCUUUAGUAGAUCUGGUCCAGGAUCGCAGCUGAACACAAAACUGCAAAAGGCACAAUCGUUUGACGUGGCUAGUGUGCCUCCUGUGGCAGAGUGGGCAGUACCUCAGUCAUCAAGACUGAAGUACAGACAGUUGUUCAAUAGCCACGAUAAAACAAUGAGUGGACACUUAACAGGUCCACAAGCAAGAACUAUUCUUAUGCAGUCAAGUUUACCCCAGGCUCAGCUGGCUACGAUAUGGAAUCUUUCAGAUAUUGAUCAAGAUGGAAAACUUACAGCUGAAGAGUUUAUUCUGGCUAUGCACUUAAUUGAUGUAGCUAUGUCUGGUCAGCCAUUGCCACCUGUACUGCCUCCAGAAUAUAUUCCACCUUCAUUUAGAAGAGUACGCUCUGGUAGUGGCGUAUCUGCUGUAAGUUCAGUAUCUGUAGACCAAAGGUUACCAGAAGAACCAGCAUUAGAAGAAGAACAGCAGCAACUGGAAAAGAAAUUACCAGUUACAUUUGAAGAUAAAAAACGUGAGAACUUUGAACGUGGCAAUCUAGAACUUGAAAAACGGAGGCAGGCUCUCCUGGAACAGCAGCGCAAGGAACAAGAGCGUCUUGCACAGCUGGAACGGGCAGAGCAAGAAAGGAAGGAACGUGAACGACAAGAGCAAGAACGGAAAAGACAGCUGGAGCUAGAAAAACAGUUGGAAAAACAACGAGAAUUGGAACGGCAGAGGGAAGAAGAAAGAAGGAAAGAAAUAGAAAGAAGAGAGGCUGCAAAACGGGAACUUGAGAGGCAAAGGCAACUUGAAUGGGAACGUAAUCGUCGGCAAGAACUGCUAAAUCAAAGAAACAGAGAACAAGAGGACAUAGUUGUUCUGAAGGCAAAGAAGAAGACUUUAGAAUUUGAGCUGGAAGCUCUAAAUGAUAAAAAAAAUCAGUUGGAAGGAAAGCUUCAGGAUAUCAGAUGUCGGCUGUCUACCCAAAGACAAGAAAUCGAAAGUACAAAUAAAUCUAGAGAACUGAGAAUUGCAGAAAUUACCCAUUUGCAACAGCAGCUACAGGAAUCUCAGCAGAUGCUUGGGAAGUUGAUUCCAGAAAAGCAAUUACUCAAUGACCAACUAAAGCAGGUUCAACAGAACAGUUUGCAUAGUUUAAAAACAGGAGAUUCUCUUCUUACUAUCAAAAGAGCCUUAGAAGCCAAGGAACUAGCCCGUCAACAACUUCGAGACCAGCUAGAUGAAGUAGAAAAAGAAACCAGAUCUAAACUUCAGGAAAUUGAUAUUUUCAACAAUCAGCUGAAGUCAAUGGCAAUGGAAGACGCAAUGCUGCAGUGCCUGGCAGUUCUCCUGGGCUGCGUCAACUACUUAGACUCCUUUCUAAAGGAGCUGAGAGAAAUACAUAACAAACAGCAGCUUCAGAAACAAAAGAACUUGGAAGCUGAGAGGCUGAAACAGAAAGAGCAAGAGAGGAAGACAGAACUGGAAAAGCAAAAAGAAGCUCAAAGGAGAAUCCAGGAUCGGGAUAAACAGCGACUAGAUCGAGUGCAACAAGAGGAAGAACCUCAAUGGCAAAAAAAAAAUCAAGAAGAUGACAAGCAAAAAAGGGAAGAAAUAGUCAAGAAGAAGGAAAGUGAGGAUAAGGGGAAGCAGGAAAUCCAAGAGAAACCGAGUAAGCUUUUCCAACCACAUCAAGAACCAGUUAAGCCAGCUGUCCAGGCUCCAUGGUCAAAUGCAGGAAAAGCUCCACUAACAAUUUCUUCUCAGGAGGAUGUGAAAAUAGUGUAUUAUAGAGCCCUCUAUCCUUUUGAAUCAAGAAGCCAUGAUGAAAUCAGUAUUCAGCCUGGCGACAUAGUCAUGGUUAAAAGGGAAUGGGUGGAUGAAAGUCAGACUGGAGAACCGGGGUGGCUUGGUGGAGAAUUGAAGGGAAAAACUGGAUGGUUUCCAGCAAACUACGCAGAAAAAAUACCUGAAAGUGAAGUUCCAGCAUCUAUAAAACCAGUCGAGGCAGCUCCUGCCCCUAAAGUUUCUGUGCAUGAAACAACCACAGCAUUAGGAACUGCUGCAUCUACUGAGUGCACAACAACUGCCAACAACUGGGCAGACUUCAGUUCAACAUGGCCAGCAAACACUAAUGAGAAACCAGAGACAGACAACUGGGAUGCCUGGGCAGCUCAGCCGUCUUUGACUGUUCCCAGUGCAGGGCAGCUGCGGCAGAGAUCAGCCUUCACCCCUGCCACUGUUACAGGAUCGUCUCCCUCUCCUGUAUUGGGUCAGGGUGAAAAGGUGGAGGGACUUCAAGCACAGGCUUUGUAUCCUUGGAGAGCAAAAAAAGACAACCACCUUAAUUUUAACAAAAAUGAUGUCAUCACAGUUUUAGAGCAGCAAGAUAUGUGGUGGUUUGGAGAAGUUCAAGGACAAAAGGGGUGGUUUCCUAAGUCAUAUGUGAAGCUUAUUUCAGGCCCCAUUAGGAAGUCGACAAGCAUGGAUUCUGGUUCUUCAGAAAGUCCUGCUAGUCUGAAAAGAGUAGCAUCACCAGCAGCUAAAGCAACUAUGUCAGGUGAAGAAUAUGUUGCUAUGUAUACUUACGAGAGUUCUGAACAAGGAGACCUAACCUUUCAGCAAGGUGAUAUGAUUCUUGUGACAAAGAAAGACGGCGACUGGUGGACAGGAACACUGGGUGAUAAAACAGGAGUUUUCCCAUCUAAUUAUGUGAGACUCAAAGAUUCGGAGGCUUCUGGAGCAGCUGGAAAAACAGGAAGCUUAGGGAAGAAACCUGAAAUUGCCCAAGUUAUUGCCUCUUACACAGCAACGGGUCCAGAACAACUCACCCUUGCUCCUGGUCAGUUGAUUCUUAUCAGAAAGAAGAACCCAGGUGGCUGGUGGGAAGGAGAGCUCCAAGCACGAGGGAAAAAACGACAAAUAGGAUGGUUUCCUGCUAAUUAUGUAAAACUUUUGAGCCCUGGUACCAGUAAAACUACACCAACCGAGCUACCUAAAUCAACAGCAUUACCUUCAGUGUGCCAAGUAAUUGGCAUGUAUGACUACACUGCACAGAAUGAUGAUGAGCUAGCAUUCAAUAAAGGCCAGAUUAUAAACGUCCUUAACAAGGAAGACCCAGACUGGUGGAAAGGGGAGGUGAAUGGACAAGUGGGUCUCUUCCCAUCCAACUAUGUGAAGCUGACAACAGAUAUGGACCCAAGCCAGCAAUGGUGUGCAGAUUUGCAUCUUCUGGAUAUGCUGACACCUACUGAAAGAAAAAGGCAGGGAUACAUCCAUGAGCUCAUUGUCACAGAAGAGAACUAUGUAAAUGAUUUGCAGUUGGUCACAGAGAUCUUCCAGAAACCACUAAUGGAAUCUGAGCUGCUAACAGAAAAGGAAGUUGCUAUGAUUUUUGUUAAUUGGAAGGAGCUGAUUAUGUGCAAUAUAAAACUACUGAAGGCCUUGCGUGUGCGUAAGAAGAUGUCUGGAGAGAAGAUGCCAGUGAAAAUGAUUGGUGACAUCCUGACAGCUCAGCUGCCACACAUGCAGCCAUACAUUCGGUUCUGUAGCUGCCAGCUCAACGGGGCAGCACUCAUUCAGCAGAAAACAGAUGAAGUCCCCGAAUUCAAGGAGUUUGUAAAAAGGUUAGCAAUGGAUCCUCGCUGUAAAGGAAUGCCACUAUCAAGUUUUCUACUAAAGCCUAUGCAACGGGUAACAAGAUACCCACUAAUAAUUAAAAAUAUAAUAGAAAACACUCCUGAAAACCAUCCUGACCACAGUCACUUGAAGCAUGCUCUUGAAAAAGCAGAAGAAUUAUGUUCUCAAGUAAAUGAAGGAGUGCGAGAGAAAGAAAAUUCAGAUAGGCUGGAGUGGAUCCAGGCUCAUGUUCAGUGCGAAGGCCUCUCUGAGCAACUCGUAUUUAAUUCUGUUACAAACUGCUUGGGACCACGCAAGUUUCUGCACAGUGGGAAGCUCUAUAAAGCCAAGAGUAACAAGGAACUGUAUGGCUUUCUGUUCAACGAUUUCCUCCUCUUGACUCAGAUCAUAAAACCUCUUGGCUCUUCUGGCACAGACAAAGUCUUCAGCCCCAAGUCUAAUCUGCAAUACAAAAUGUACAAAACUCCCAUUUUUCUAAAUGAAGUACUAGUAAAAUUACCCACAGACCCUUCUGGAGAUGAGCCCAUUUUCCAUAUCUCCCACAUUGAUAGAGUCUAUACACUCCGGGCUGAAAGCAUUAAUGAAAGGACUGCGUGGGUUCAGAAAAUUAAAGCUGCUUCGGAACUUUACAUAGAGACUGAAAAGAAGAAGAGGGAAAAGGCCUACUUAGUUCGCUCACAAAGAGCAACAGGCAUUGGGAGGUUGAUGGUGAAUAUUGUUGAAGGCAUUGAACUAAAACCUUGCAGAUCCCAUGGAAAGAGUAAUCCAUACUGUGAGGUGACGAUGGGCUCUCAGUGCCACAUCACCAAGACAAUGCAGGACACCCUCAAUCCGAAGUGGAACUCCAACUGCCAGUUCUUUAUCAAAGACCUUGAGCAGGACGUGCUCUGCAUCACGGUGUUUGAGAGGGACCAGUUCUCCCCAGAUGACUUUCUGGGCAGAACAGAGAUCCGUGUGGCAGACAUUAAGAAGGAUCAGGGUUCAAAGGGACCAGUUACAAAGUGUCUCCUUCUCCACGAAGUCCCAACAGGAGAGAUAGUCGUCCGACUAGACCUGCAAUUGUUUGAUGAGCCUUAGAAGGAAAGGGACCAAUGUUUUUUUUUUUGUUUUGGUCUGAGUUCACUGCAAUGUAGGUAUCUGCAGAAGCUGUCACAAAACCCUGAUCGGUUUGGUAUGAAACUACUGCUUGCCCUUCACACACAAGAGGGUUAUCAAAGCAAACAGGAGCAUCUUUGUGCCUUGAUAAUUCUCACUGAAAAACGAGUCCCAGUUUAGUGAGGAAGUCUCCCUCAGUUUCUCCAUGUGGAACCUGAUGAUGGUUUCCUGGGUUUAUGAAGUAACCUGGUUGUUUGUUGUGCUGCUGGCACACCGCACAGGUCCCCGUGCUUGCUCCAGUUACUCUACUCGUUAAUUGACAUGAAGAAGGCAGUGUUGGUAUGUUUGGUGGCUGUCUGCAGGGUUUUCCCCCAUAAGGAAUUCUGUGCCUAUUGCUCAGCAAAGUGGCGUGUAAAUGUUUUGUGAAUGGAACAAACAGUUAUGCAGUAAGAAGAUCUCUGGAGAUCUUCAUGGCGAUACUGAAAAUAUUUAGAAAAGAAAUAGUCUAUAUCUAUAAACAGAGAAGAUUCUAUUAACAUACCACUUCAUGACUCACAUUGCCCCCAAAAUAAAUUCCGUGCAGGCCUUGUGCGCAGAGAUGAGUUGCACUCCAGAAGAAUCCACCCACUCAGUACCUUUGGAAGAAGACUUUGAACAGUGAGUGAAGGACGGAACGAUAGAGCCCUGCUGAAUGUUGUGCUGUACCACUUCAAUACUGUUUUACUACUGCCGCUCAGUUGUGUGAGUGCAGGUGGAUGUUCCGUCACCUGCAGUGAGGAAGGAAAAAAAAUGAUGGCUCUAGCUCAGGAAGCUCAUUUCUGCCCCAUAGACUAGUUUGCAAAGCAAUCGGUGGUGACCAGUUAUUAAACUGGACUGUUCCUGACUGCGUUCGACAUCAUGUUGCUGAAUUCAGGGCUGUAGCGCUGUCACUCACAGCAGUGUUUGUUGCAAACUGGGCUGGUCACAAAGUUGGUGGCAAAGAUGGUAGACGUGAGCAGAACGGAGUGUUUGUGAUCGUGUGAUGGAGUGGGUAAACCCAGGGUGAUGUCAUUUCAUCUUGGGGAACGCAAAAGGUUUUAUGUGUGUUUAACUCAACACAUAGCACACAUACAGGCCAAUGUCCAGCAAACUUCCCACGUUCGGCAAAGCGUCUGUCUCUAAGUGCACACAUAGGUAGUGUUUCCCUUACGUACACAACUAAGUGCUUUGCUAGGACUGGAUGUGACAGAGCCCUAAGAGUAAAAUUCAUCUUUGUUCUGCCUGGAAUCAUUUUGUUCAUUACCUAUCAUGCAUACACUGGUAUUUUUGUAAUGACUUUAUUCUGAAUGGGAGGUGUCAGCCUGUUCCAUUAGCAUGUGAAUGUUCUCGUGGAGCCUGUUGUUAGGUUUUGAUGUUCCUUGCAUGUCCUUUCAGUACCGGUUUCCACCUUCCCUGUAUAGAUGGUGUUCUCUAGCACUACAAUUCUUAUUGAUUUCCAUUAGGAAAUUAGGAUAUAUUCAUAACGAAUAGGUAGAUACAGUAUGGUAGUAAGUGUAAACUGUGCUGGGAAGUGUCUGUGUAUUAUAAUUUCCUACGAGACCACUGUAAUGUUUCAAGCAAUGGGAAAAAAAAAAAAAGUAUGUUGGAGGGACGACAAAGUUUACAUUUCAUACUUUUCAGAAUCGCUUUAUUAUUUAUUUAUUGAAGAUGAUAGUGUAGAAUUUUGUAUCAGAAAUGACAGACAUACUUAUGUAUUUUUUGAAACAGAAAAAACAGAGAAUACACGCUUCAGUUACAAACUUUUGACUGAUCACAUUUGAGAGGGAGUGCAACUUCCUGGGCACGCAUUUGGUUACCACUAACUGGCAGAAAACACAAUCAAGAGAACUUUAAGUUUCUAUUUUUCAAUGUUGUUAAGAAAAUCGUUUCGAUUAAAAUAUGUAAAUAGUACUAAACCCAUGUUUUCCUAAUUCCAUAUCAAUACAUUUUAUUAAAUAUAACGUAUAUGAAGAUACACAUUGUUGUGGUAGGAUUAAAAACAAAGUGAUAAAAUCUAUUAAUGGGUAACAUUAAAUGUCAUUGUCUAACCUUUUA